GGAAAAUUCGAAGAAGAACGCGAAUUCAAAAUGAAAUCCAUUAAUUCAACGAGAUGGAGCCCUUUUUGGACAUAUAUUUGUAUGGCUCUUGUAAUCUUCCAACUUUCAGAAUUUGCUUACGGCAACCCUUUUGAAACUCAACCACGUUUUAUUCUUUGCGAUUACAAUCUUUAUAACGCUCUUGAUUAUAAGUGCCCUAAUGGAUAUGAUCUAAACAAGAAUCCCAAUCUCGCUUCAAUUUGUUGCAGUCAAGGCUGUGCAUCAUUUCAACUUGACACUGUCUGCAUCCGACGACGACUCUAUCCAACUCAAGAACGUUUUAUAUUAUGCGGUCACGAUUUUUAUAAGGCUCUUGAUUCAAAGUGCAUAAAUGGCUAUGAUCUAAACAACAAUCCUAACCUCGCUCAGCAUUGUUGCAGGCGAGGCUGCACAUCAUUUGAACUUGACACCGUCUGCAUUCGACGACGAGGUUAUCCACCUCAUGAACGUUCUAUUUUAUGCGGCAAAAGGCUUGAUAUCGUUCUUGAUUCAGUUUGCGAAUAUGGCUAUGAUUUAAGGAAAAACCCUACCCUCUCUUCAAUGUGCUGCCACCACGGUUGCUCAUCAUGGUCACUUGUCACCGUCUGCAAACGCAGACCACGACCUGAUCCAUAUUGGCCACCUUAUUCAAAUGAACCACGUUAUAUUUUAUGUGGUUAUGAUCUUUAUACUGCCCUUAAUUCGGUGUGCAUAUAUGGCUAUGAGCUGAAAAGGGAUUCAACGCUCCCUUCAAAGUGCUGCCACAAAGGUUGCAAAAAAGUGACACUUGCAACUGUCUGCAACUAACAGAAGAAACUCUCUUCUAAGGAUUACACUGGUUCGGCACAGAUAGUGGACUUUUUACAGAAAAAAAACGAAGUGAGAAUUUAACGCUAAUUUCAAGGUAUCAUUUCCUUGCAACAGAAAUUAGCCUUGGCGUGGUGAAUGUUACUCUUCAGCGAGGUAUCGUUUCUACUGUUUUGACUGUGUUCGAUAAAGUAGUUCGUUAUACUAGUGCAGUAUAAAGUACAUCAAACAUGUGUAAUUAACGUAGUAAGUUGUACUAA